GUGAAAUGCACGUUGAACUCGGGUUUCUUUUUUAGGCAAAACUACCCGAAUGAAGUGGGGACGCAAAAAGUUUAAAAAUCAACCAACAAAGCCCAGAGCUUCACUUCCACGAUUCCCGAGGACGAACACGAUCCCGACGACCUGGACCCGGCGGCCUAUCCGGGGGUUGCCACGAUAUUAGCAAUCCAGAGGAACAAAACAUAAUCAAUUUGGCGAAAAUUCACCACCAGAACUAUUUGGAGAAAGUUUGUUUUGUCCAAGUCUGAGCGAAUUUUCGGUUAUUAAAUACCGAUCUGAACUGAAUGGCCGCAUAUUAUGCGGCGUAUAGGCGGGUUGGGCAACUCGGAACCAGUUCGGGAAUCAACCUGUUUUUGUUCGGAGGCCUUCAUUCUAAGUCCGCGUUAAUUGAAUCUUCCACUCGUUUAUUGAAUUCGAGCCCAUUUGAUCGUCGGCAGAUUUCGCAGCUCGUCCAAUCUAACGGCAAGCGCUUGUUUCUCGUCGACACAUUAGCACUUGUAAGGAGAUUGGAAGCGCAAGGUGUGCCGUCCAAACAAGCGGAGGCCAUAACGGAAGCCAUAACCCAAGUGUUGAAUGACAGCUUGGAAAAUGUGGCUCAUUCCUUUGUUUCCAAAGGUGAAAUGCAGAAAAUUGAAAUGACUCAAGAUUCCAAUUUGUCCAAAUUCAAGUCUGAAGUCCAAAGCUCACAGGAACACCACUUUUCUUUGUUACAACAUGAGACUGAAAAACUGAAGAGUGAUAUAGAGAAGAUGCGCAGCGAAUUGAGGUAUGAGAUUGACAAAGUUACAGCUGGGCAGCGUUUGGAUUUAAAUCUUGAAAGGGGGAGAAUCAGGGAUGACCUGGCAAAUCAGAAUCAAGAAACCUCUAACCUCACUAACAAACUUGAUCGAGUGAGUAUACUAAUCCAACUGAGAGAGGUGGUUGUCCUGUUAACUGAUUAAACUUCUGAUCCAAUUCCUUCAUUUUUUGGGAACUUUUAUGGUCUCAGGAAAUUCAUGCAUUGAGGGCUCACUUAGAAGCAUCAAAAUAUGAUGUGAUAAAGUACUGCAUAGGUACUCUUGUUUCCAUCUCUGCUGUUGGUCUUGCUGUAGUUCGCAUUGUAAUGUAAGCUUGUAGCAUAUCAAUGGUGACUAACCCCAAGGGGAAAAAAAGAAGAAGAAUUAUGAUGUUGAUCUUCUAAAAGAUUGGUUGCUGAUUGGCGAAAAGAACAGAAAAUUUGAAUCACACUCUCAAUGUGUCAUGAACAAGCAUCCUGAUUAUACCUGGACCUUGGUUUUUCGUUUUCACUGAACACCUAUUUCCUUUGGUGCACUUGUUUGCUCAAUGUAGCCAUGCAUUUAGAAGGAGAACAGAAUAAUAAUGUAUAAGAUCAUAUUGUUGCAUUAGUGGGUAGUUGAAAUAUUGCACUGUCGACAAGAAAACUCUAGGUCUGCAUAGUGUACCUUGCUGUUCGCCACAAAUGAAAAAGAA